CACACUAUACAGUAGAAGGCUGCCAGUACGAACUCGCUCUGUCUAAACUCGAAAACAUUAGUCGCAAAGUAAGAUCUAGAGGAAGGAGAGGUAUUUCUGUCGUAAAAGGAUUUUAAAAAGUGUUCUCAUUUCACUGUUUCCAUUUUCCUUGUGAAUGAGACUCAUCCCUUAACUCAGCUAGAACACUGACCUCUCAGACCUCGAGAUGGAGCUCGAAGCCUGGAGUCCCUACGUGCUGAGGAAGAGCUACGAAUCCCUCCUGCUCUCCCUCGGCGUCUGGGAGUUCCUGCUGCCAUACAUAAUCUGGGGCCAAAGGAUCGUCUUCCUUUGCCUCCUCGUCGUCGCCUCCGUCGGCAGGAGACUGAGGCUCCGUAGGAAGUACGUAGCGGUGCUGGACAGAGUCUUCCACUUCGCUAGCGUCGCCAUCCCUCCUCUCGUGGAGGAAGAGGAAGAAGAAGAAGUAGGAGAGGGUGGGGAGGAUUUACGAAAAGAUGGUGAAGGCAAUUGUGCAGCAGUGAUAGAUCCUGAAUCACCUCACGCGGGAUCCUAUUCCCACGAAGGGUCCUACGCUUUCGAGGAUGCCAUGCCUUACAUGGCUGCUGGCAUGAGGGCCGUUGUACAGGACUGCGUCAACCAGAGCUUCAGUCCAUCCGAGCUUCGGACCUGGAACAUGCUUUCCAGGACGAUGCACACAAGGAACCUCCGAAUGAGUCCCUCCCUGACGGUGUUUUGGAUGGUGGGCGUCAUCAUCCGCUAUUUCUUCCUGGUCCCGAUGAGACUUCUGGUGCUGUUCCUCAGCGUCGUGACCCUCACCGUCCUCUGCUCGGCCGUCGGGUUCCUCCCCGAAGGGGACUUCAAGUCGAAGGUCAACGCCUGGGUCGUCACGUGGUGCUUCGACUUUGUCGCUGGGUCUCUCUCUGUUGUGGCCAGGUUCCACAACCCAGAAAAUCGACCGACCCACGGCAUAGCUGUUGCCAACCACAGCUCCCCUAUAGAUUCCAUGGUCUUGGCGACGGAUCAGUGCUACGAUAUGGUGGGCCAAAAAGCCACGGGACUUUUGGGGAUGUUCAUGACGGCUCUUUCGAAGUCUUCUGGGCACAUCUGGUUUGAAAGAAGCGAAGUCAAGGACAGAAAUGCUACGUUCAAUAAGUUGCAGGCGCAUGCGCAGAACACCAAGCUGCCUCCGAUUCUCAUCUACCCCGAGGGGACCUGCGUGAACAACACUGCAGUUAUGCAGUUCAAAAAAGGAGCUUUUGAGAUCGACAGCGUGAUCUACCCGAUCGCCAUCAGAUUCGACCAACGGUACGGCAACGCCUUCUGGUACCAAGACUCCUUCCUCGCCUAUGCCUUCGACAUGAUGACCUCGUGGGCCAUCGUGUACGACGUGUGGUACAUGCCCCCCGUCCGCAGGAGAGAGAACGAGUCGGCAGUUGCCUUCGCUCAGAGAGUAAAAACGAUGAUUGCGCAUCGGGGAGGCUUCGUCGAAUUAGCCUGGGAUGGCUUCAUCAAGCUCCAGAUUAAUAAAGAAGAGAUCUGGAAGAAGAAGAGAGACUUGUGGAGAGAUAAACAGCAGCAGGAGUUCGCUCGGCAUCUCAGCCUUCCGAGCGGGGAUGAAAAAGAUGAUGAAGAACAACAAGACGGAGAUAGAGAAAACGAUGAUGAAGGGAGCAAGAAAAACGAUUAAGAAAAACGUUGAUCUCUUUUUAGUUUGCGUGUACGUUUAUAUUUUAGAAGAAAAUCAAUCAAUAAAGGUCGAAUGAAACGGCAUUUUUCCCCCUUCUGAUACAGACGAGUUCAAGCAUAUAAACGAUCAAGUUAACGGUGGUGAAAAGUACUGAAUGGCUGUGCGACAAUUCUCCUUUUUAACUGUGGUCGUUUCCUCAAUUUGCCCGGUACUGAAAGACCGAAUCAGUGCUGCAAUGCUGUUGUAGUUUCGUCAAUGAUCGAUCGUCCCCCAGUCUUAAACUACGUUCUGUGCUGUAUAGUGAAUAUUUAUGUGUUUCCAAGAUUUCCAAGACUAACGGGAUUUAACGGCUCCUGGCUAAUUUCACCGGGAAAAGUAAGGUUGAAAUAUUGAUUUUAAUUUUAUACGGAUUGGCUGGAAGCACGUAUGUAACGUUGAUAGAAGUAUUCGUGGUAGUAAAUAUAACGUUACGUUUUAAAUUUGUUCGUUACGUAACGCAUUGCCGAACGUCGUAAUGCCAGUAUUAAAUUCAUAGAUAUAUAGUAAAUCCUUAUCUCAACCCCACUACAAGGCCUUUCGAUGAUUGAUCACGAACUAUCUUUGGGCGACCAUGUCAGCUUCUAAAUAAUUUCAAGUUUGUGGUUAGGCAUGAUGAGAAGGAGGCCAAGGUAAAGAUAAACGCUAGAUAAUAAGAUGUUAUGGUUGUGUAGUACGUUAGGUCAGUUGAGUAUUUCUGGGAAUGUUAUACG